CUAGCAACACCUCAAGCCCUCAAUUCCAGCAACUUCUAGUAUCUAAAGGACUUUGCUUACCAUUACUAUAAAUACCAUCAACCCUAUCCCUAUCCCUAUCCAAGCCACGUGAGAAGUUUGAGAGAAAAGUCAGCGGUUUGCCCAAUACAGUCACACUAGCUAUCUACCAUUUUGGAAGUAAAAAUGAAACCCAUUGAUGACAAGAAAGAAACGGUGACAAUCCGCGCUGUGAGUCACGAUGAAGAAGGUCGAAAGAGAGUUGAAAAGACGGAGCUAAACACGCACAACAUCGACACUAUCAAAUACGUGGAGAAGAAACUCAUAGACAAGGGCGUGCAGCGCAUGGAUCGCCACCCCGCCAACGGGAUAGGGAUCGGCAGGCCUCCGCCGAAGUCCGGGCACGGUGGGAAGUACACGUGGGAGGGUCCGGAUGACCUGGCGGAGAGCGAGUUGAACGCGGCUCCGCCUGCUAUUGACGAGAAAGAUCCGAACUAUCUCGAUGAAGAGGCUGAGGAGAAGAUUCUGAGAGGAGUAAAGAGUGAGGUGGCGGGGUUCGUUGUUGGGGAUGUGGAUGUGGCGAAAUUGGCGGACGAAAGGGAAGGAGUGGCGAGGGUUGAGAUUGAUCCUCACUUGAAGGUUAAGUGAUUGUGAUUAAAGGAAACGAUGAUGAUGAUCUUUAGUGUGUUUUUAUGAGUUGUUUGUUUCGUACUGUUAAACCUGAGAAACGGAUUGUAAGAAAGAUAAAUAAUUUAUCUUCAAACACGUUUCUUCAACUGUGUUCUAAAUUAUUUCGUAUGUUGUUGACUGUAUGAAGGGAUUAAAGCUCAAUAUUUUCUUGUUCAAUUGGAGGGAAGAAUGAAAAUCCUCAACUUAA